CGGAGACGACAACGGACCGGGACGCGGCGGCGGCCGAGGGAUGCACGGAAGGGGCGGCUCGCCGAGGCGGAGGAGGCAGGCUUGCGGCGCCAGGUCGCGGGCGGCAGCGGGCCAAUGCCCGCGGCGGCGUCCCCGUGAGGUCUGGCAGGUCCAGCCCGCGCACAGCUCGGUCCAGUCGGGUGGCGGCGGCGGCGGGCGCAGAGCGGAGAUGCGGCGGCUCGGGGGCACCCUGCUGUGCCUGCUGCUGGCGGCGGCCGUCCCCACGGCCCCCGCGCCGGCCCCCACAGCGACCGCGGCUGCCGUCGAGCCCGGCCCGGCUCUCAGCUACCCGCAGGAGGAGGCCACCCUCAACGAGAUGUUCCGCGAGGUUGAGGAGCUGAUGGAGGACACGCAGCACAAACUGCGCAGCGCGGUGGAGGAGAUGGAAGCAGAAGAAGCUGCUGCUAAAACAUCAGAAGUGAACGUGGCAAGCUUACCUUCCAGCUAUCACAAUGAGACCAACACGGAAACCAAGGUGGGAAACAAUACCAUCCAUGUGCACCGAGAAAUUCACAAGGUCACCAACAACCAGACCGGACAAACGGUCUUCUCUGAGACGGUCAUCACGUCUGUGGGAGAUGAAGAAGGCAAAAGGAACCACAGAAUGGCAGCUGUGCGCCAAGCGCGUGCUGGGGGAUACGUAGUGGGCGCUGACCUCACAGGACGCUGUGAGGACCAGGGAACCCGCGAGAGCUCAAGCAAGCGCAGACACACAGAGUGCAUCAUCGACGAGGACUGCGGGCCCACCAGGUAUUGCCAGUUUGCCAGCUUCGAGUACACCUGCCAGCCUUGCCGGGACCAGCAGACCCUCUGCACCCGGGACAGUGAGUGCUGUGGAGACCAGCUGUGCGUCUGGGGUCACUGCACCAAAACAGCUUCCAAAGGCGGCAACGGGACCAUCUGUGACAAGCAGAGGGACUGUCAGCGUGGGCUGUGCUGUGCCUUCCAGAGAGGUCUGCUGUUUCCUGUGUGCACACCCCUGCCCGUGGAGGGUGAGCUGUGCCAUGACCCCGCCAGCCGGCUUCUGGACCUCAUCACCUGGGAGUUAGAGUCUGACGGAGCUUUGGACCGAUGCCCGUGUGCCCGUGGCCUUCUCUGCCAGCCCCACAGCCACAGCCUGGUGUAUGUGUGCAAGCCGGCCUUCCCUGGGAGCCGAGCUGAAGACGGAGAGAGCCUGGGGCCCAGGGAGGCCCCCGACGAGUACGAGGAUGGCAGCUUCAUUGAAGAGGUGCGCCAGGAGCUGGAGAACCUGGAGAGGAGCCUGUCUGUGGAGAUGGCACUCGGGGAGCCCGGUGCUGCCUCUGAGCUGCUGGAAGGAGAAGAGAUUUAGACGGAGGCCUGUUCUGCGGGUAGACAUGCGAUAGAAAUAGCUAAUUUAUUUCCCCAGCUGUGUCCUCUAGGUGUGGGCUUUUUUCCAUGGCCUCUUCCCAGUACAUUUUCCCUCUGGCUUAAAACAAAACGAGGUGCUGUGCAUUUGUCCAGCUCCCGCGGACUGUACACCAUCCAUCACAGUCCGGGUGCCUGGGUCAGGCAGGGGGGAGGGGUGCGGGAAGUGUGUGGGAGGGUGCAGGGCUGCCGCGCUGGUCCAGAUUACUGGCCACUUGGGCCUCUCGUGGCUGGCACCUGGCACGUUUCCUUUUUUCUAUAUCACCUUGAGAAUUGGAGGAGGGGAGGGGCCGGAAAAGGAUGCAGAUGUCCCCAUGAUGGGUUUUGGGGAAAUGUGGACUCAUACAUAUGGAGAACAGUGCCCUGCUUUGCAAAUGUGAGCCUGGCGAAAUGUAACAAAUGAAUUUUCCAUGUACUUCUUCCCAUGGGCACAGGCAAGCUGUGCGUUCCGCUGCUGUGGGUGACGUGUUCCGCUCGCUCCGUGUCAUGUGCAUCCCUGUCCUGUCAGCAGUGUUCCUCGGCUCCUACGUCUGUCUGGGGGCAGCAGUUUCAUACCCCUCACCACAACCUGGCAAGGACAGUGGCGGUCUCCCCAUCUGUCAGCAUCUUGGAGUCUCAGAGACACCAAGUUGCUUGCCCGGGUCACACAGCGAGUGAAGACCAGUGCAGGAUGGCUCCCAGGUGUGAUUCCAAGCACAUGCUUUCCCUACCCCUCCCCACCAGGCCAGUGCCACCUAAAGUUCCCUCUAAAAGGUGGCUGGAUGGGAAUUUUUCUUUUGAGGCAUAUCCGGAAUUGAGGUCAGUCUAGUUCACUGUAAGAUUAAACUUCUACUGUUAGACGUAGCAUUCUCCCUUGUGUGGGGGUGGCCAUCAUCCCAGUGCAGAAGCAAAGGGUAUCAACACUCUCCCCCUAUGGCAGGUGGUUAUGUUAGCGACUAGGAAGGUGCUUGGUUGGUGCAGAAUAUAUACGUCCACUUGCCAGAAACAGUACUUAAGUAAUUGUAGGGCCAGGAUUAUAAAUGAAAUUUGCAAAAUCACUUACCAGCAACUGCAGACCAUUAUCAACCACAUGGAGAAAAUCAAAGCAAGGUUUUAUGAAAUACGGCUGUAAUAUCCAAACUGAGAGCACUGGGCUGCAUGUUAUUCCGUAAGCGAUAUUUGCAGGUGCCAUGGACUGUUUCCAUCAAGUAUUCAUCCAGAGUUAUUAAAUUUUAAAAUUGCACAUGAUUGUAUAAGCAUGCUUUGAGUUUUAAAUUAUGUAUAAACACCUAUGUUGCAUUUAAAAAUCAAGCAUAAAUCACUUAAACUAC